AUCGCUUUUAUCGGCUUGUUUUUAACUUUUAUUGAAUAAAUAAAUUAUACUGAAGAGGAUAGUCUAUACGGCUUAAGUGUUAAUAAAGUGUUGUAAUGUCAGAUGAAGGUAAAUGUGAGGUGUGUAAUAGGGAAGCUACUCAAAAGUGCGGUGGAUGUCAUGUGGUUCAUUAUUGUUCGAAAGAACAUCAAAAAGCUGACUGGAAGAAACACAGGAAAGUGUGCAAACCGUUUAAGAUACUGAAUGAUGAAAAAUUGGGUCGAUACCUCGUUGCAACAAGAGAUAUUAAACUAGGCGAGGUGAUUCUACAAGAACCUCCUUUAAUUUGGGGGCCAACUCAAGUGACUGUACCCGUAUGUUUGGGUUGUGGUACUGCCAUAAAAGAAGACAAUUAUAAACCGUGCACGAAAUGUGGCUGGCCAGUAUGCAGCGAAAUUUGCGAAAAAUCGCCAAGUCAUAUUCCAGAAUGCCAGUAUACUGUCUCAAAAGGCUCUAAAGUUUGCAUUUCAACAUUUGGUACAAUUCACCCUACCUACCAGUGUAUCACGGUAUUACGUUGUCUGUAUCAGAAACAAUUCUUAUCAGAUAUUUGGAAAAAGCUGGAUAGACUUCAGUCACACUGUGAAGAAAGAAAAAUAUCAGGAAAAUAUGAAAAAGACAGGAUAAUGGUCGCUCAGUUUAUUUUAGGGUUUUUUAAAUUACGAAAUAUAUUUACGGAAGAAGAAGUGCUAAGAGUUUGUGGUAUUGUUACGAUAAAUGGUCAUGAAGUUCCACUGACGACCCCUUCGCACGUAGCGAUAUACGAAUCUACUUCAAUGUUCGAACAUAGAUGCAGUGCUAAUUGCAACAAAACUUUUACUGAUCAAGGAUCUAUCUUAAUCAAAUGUGGUACUCACAUUAAAAAAGGAGAACAUCUUAGUAUAUGUUACACGGAUCCAUUAUGGGGUACCGCCAACAGAAGACAUCAUCUCUAUGAAUCGAAGUUCUUUUGGUGUUCUUGUGAGAGAUGUACGGAUCCCACAGAAUUUAGUACAUAUUUUAGUGCAAUGAGAUGUCAAAAUGGCAAUUGCACUGGAUAUCUUCUUCCUCCCACUUUUAUAAUAAACAACGUAAACGAAAAACUACCAGACUGGAAAUGCAACAAAUGCUCAUCCGUAUCAUCCGCUCAUCACAUGCAAGAUUUGCUGGACAGAAUCGGGCAAGACCUCCAAGAUUUGCCAAAAGGUGAAUCGCGAGCUGCCAAGGAUUUUAUCAAAACCUACGAGAAAUAUCUUCACAAUAAUCAUUAUUAUUUGACGGAUGUUAGAUUCGCCUUAACACAAUUAAUGGGCCACGAAGAUCAGCGAGGACUACCUGGUUUAGAUGAAGACGAUGUGGAAUUGAAAGCCAGACUCUGUCAAGGGUUGUCGAAGUUAAUACAAAUUUUAGCUCCUGGAGAAACUAGAAUGAGAGGCUUAGUUCUUUAUGAAUUGCACGCCACUAUAGCAGAGUUAGGAAGAAGAGGCGGUGAUCCCCAUCAGCUUACUUUUGCAUUACACGAAGCAAAGAAAGUACUUCAAGAAGCUGCGGAACUGCUAAAGAAUGAACCGGCGUGCUUACAAGAAGGAAAAGUUUAUAAACAGGCGCUUAAAAAUAUAAAGGAAAUAGAUGUUGUCCUAAUGACAUUACAUACAAACAUAGGCAGUUCCCCCAGUUAACUUAUUAUUAUUUUUGUUGUUUUUUUAUAUUUAUUAGUGUUGAAUUAUCGUUUUGUUAAUAAAUUUGCUAAUAAAUUUUUUAAAACGU